UUUUUGUUGAAAAACGACUCACGCUUUCACCCAAAACAACAAGCGACGGCGAGGCUGUCCGAGAUGAUCAAUCUCCGCCGAGUUCGCAAUCUAGUUCCCCACGAUCAUGUUCGACGAACGAUUGUUGUAGUGCAAAGAGGCGGCCGCGUUCCUGAGCCUGACAGGGUGAGAAAGGGGAAGUACCCAGAGUUUUUUCCACAUGAGACCCAUAUGCGAAGUGUUUCGUUUGCGUUCACGAGAGACGAGGUAGGUUUUACUUGUAAAGAUUCCAACACUCUAGCACUACGUCUACGACUAGUGCAGUACAGUAGCAGGCGAGGUACGUCCAUGUAUGUUGGUGCAAUAAACUUUCAUAUUCAUUUUCAAAGUAGAUGUCGGGUCCGGUGUCUUCGCGGCCGGGUCCGCCUGAUGGAUGCCUGACACGAAUGGUCGAGGAGGACAUGUGGAGUUCUUCUUCUUCUGCAUUUGAAUCCCCCGAAAGAAGCGAAACGUGCCUCGCCUGCUCCCAAGUACACUCCCCGUGCCCGAUAUUCCUACUAACUCGUUAGUGUGUCCGGGAGCACGCAAUCCCUGUCGCCGGAUACAAAACGCAGUCCCGUUCUAGUACAGUUCCAAGAGCAGUCCCAAAAAUCUUCUUUGGACGGUAGCGGUCAUCAUCUUGCCGGGUGAACUAUCAAUCUCAACAGACAUUGAAAAGAUGAACGCUACUAUUUCCAUCCAGCAGGUGAAGCUUCGCUGCUACACCAGCGACCCCACCAGCACGUACCAAAUUCGUUUGAUUCGCCCCGAGCCGGACUGGAUGCUAAAACUGGAAACAACCACCCGACCGCCGGGCGAUACCGCCAUGGAUGUGACCUGGGGAUCUCUGGCUGGCGAGCCCCUCGACAGCUUUACCUACGUGUCGCUGCGGCGCCUGCUGGAGGCCGGUCUCGACGUCGAAAUGUGGAAAACUGGCGUGGGAUCGCCGAAAAAACGGCGAUCGUCGUCUAACUUUUCAGACGGGGGUGGUGGGAAAGACAGAGGCCGCAGCAGCAGCAGUGGGGCCUCCGCCGGGGCGUCAAAGGCCGUUUCUUUCGCAGCUACACCUGGGAAGAAAAGUGAAAAACUCUCCGCGACCGCACUUAGGCCGCCGAGAGCGGUACCUGUACCGCCAGGAGGUAUCGCUGCUAAAAAUUAUCCGGAAGGUGCAGAACAUGCGGCCCCAGCUCCUUCAUCACGCGCAACCAUUUUGAAGGUUCCAGGGAACAACACGAACCUGAUCAGCGGAGGGACGCGCGCUGAAGAUGCCAGCAGUUCUAGCGCUUUCGCUGCUGCUCCAAAAAACAGCAAGACGCACCUGUUCCCCGCGGUUGCAGGUUCCAAUGUAGCUGCUGGAUAUGAGGUGGAAGUGGAUGACCCAGCAAUGGAUGACCUGGACGAACAAGAGCAGAACGUCGAUGUUCCGAAAUCUUCGCCGUUCACGCUGCAACACCAGAAAAUCCUCACCGACCGCUGGGAGUUCAGCAAACUCGCUCUGCUCAAGGUACAACAGUCGUUCCGUGCCCAGAUGAAGUAGUAGCGAAGAAGAAAUAAACGGAGAAAUAAAAACGCAUGAAGAUCUUAUUUCUUGGAGAAUUGAGUGCUUUCAUUUGUGCUUGAACAACAACAGGCGUUCGAGUUGACGCGCUUUAUCAUCCGCAUUGAGAUGGACGAGUUUGUGGGCCAGCUCAUUGUGAAGCUCUGUUGGCACUGGCUGCAGAUUGAGCUCCCUCAAUCAAAACUUCACGAGGAGAAGAAGAAACAGAAGAUUCCGCCUCGCGUGCGCGCACAGAUCCGCGAGCAAGAGGUACGGGACAAGGUCGAAAGUCUCGGCAUGAAUUCCUCUUCGACCGUGGCGGCAGGUGCUGGAGAUGCAGCCCGUGAGCAAAGCACAGAAGAAGGCCUGAAAGAAGCGAGGACUUGCAUAGGAGCACUAGGCGGCACAGGGCGAAAUUACCUGUCUGCCGCAGUCGGGCAGGAACGAAGCGAAGUGAAGAAGAUCAUGCCGAGUAGUGUGCAGCCUCUUCUCGGCGGAGCUUUCUCAAAUGACGCUUCGGCGUCCACGGGCCAACAAGGGCGUGAAAGGGCGAAAACUGCGGCCGGCGGUUCCUCUUCGAGUGCUGACGGCUUUGGGAGGAGCUCGAAACAGUACGCGGAACGUGUAGACCCGAGGCAGCUGCCGCCGAAAGUUCGUGCAGCUGCCAUGCGCAGGAACGCUCGCCCGGAUUAUGUCGGGAAAAUCUUGAGAUGUCAGCAGGAAAUUAUUAUAGUCCAAGCGAUAAAUUUGAAUUAUAGAACAGUGGUAUAAGUGCAAGUAGAAGUACUAGUGUAAGUCGUUCUAGACAUGAUCUCGGAUAAUUGUCAGGUCGCGGUGAUUGCAAACACGGGCCACGCAGGACACUGUCCCCAGAGGACGACGUGGGCGCUUGUCCUGAAAUGGUCCAUGCGCGUUUGAACAUUUGGACGAUGAUCAAAAAAUCUAUGAUUUUCUCGGUCCUCCAAGAUUUUCCAUCUAUGAAAACCCACCACCGAAACAGCCGUUAAAUAUGGCACACGAGUGGAGGCGAGAAUUCGUCACUCGAAACGAAGCGCAGAACUUUACGAAUCGCGGAGGUGCGGCCACGGUCUUCGACCAACCGCUAUCACCAAGGAGCCGAAUGCACCGCGAGGCCGGCUUUGAACCAUUUGACUCCUCCGCAUCCUCGGGCCCUGUGGUUGGCGGGGACGUGGAGGGUCACGCUGCAACGAAACACCGCAACGCUUUCACUGCGACGCAGCCCUUGAGCAUGCGGAACAAAGCGAAGGUGGGAAAUCAGUCGAAGAUGGGCACAACUCGAUCUGUUUCUGUGAAGAGUAAAAACGAACAGCGGCGCUUAAACGAAGAGCGGGAGGUGAAGUUGCGGAGAGAAGAACAGAAAGAAGUCUUGCUGCGCCAGCUGCGCAAAGGCGUGAUCCAGAUGCGCCUGGACUUGGACAAAAUGCAGCCGACCAUUUUGCGCACGACAACUUUCUUCCCUGAAGAACCCCAGACACCGACCGAUGACGGCUGAAAUCCAUCGGGGAAAAACCCUCGCGGUUCGUGUCUUUUUGCAGACUCUCGAUCAUCCCUCGGGAGUCGGAAUUUAAAGGCCUGAAUAUAAAAUUAUCUUAUGGUUUCGCAAAUAUCAAGGUUUAGAUCAAGAUAGCCAUCAUGUUUCGCGUAAUUUAGAACAGCAUCUUCAUGCAGGAAUUUAAAAACAGAGGAAAU